AUGUUGCCCAACGGUCUACGCUUCUUGGUUGACUGUGUGCAUCGGCGCACCGCUCUCGCCAGCGUGACUGAAGGGCAUAGCCACGCUGUCGCCCAGAUGCACGCGCGUGACCAAGGGCUGUCGAUGAGUUUGCCAUCCGACGUCUACACGUGUGGUAACGCAACAACCACCUACACCUGGUCGGGAGGUCGCCCACCCUAUAGCGUAGCAUUAGUUCAACCCAGCAAUCCAGACAACGUGAUCAAAGUACUGGGCACCAACUUGACGGCCACCUCGUUGAGCUAUGCGUACCCUGUCACAUCUGAGAGCUACGAGGUCCUACUCGAGGUGUCCUGCACGAACGACCACCUCUACACUCAAAGCUUCAUCGUCCACCCUUGUUCGGACAAGCCCUCCAGCGCCGCUACCAUCACAAUUGCCGUCGUCUGCGCCUUGUUUGGCUUGGCUUUCCUGUGUUUCGUGGCCGAAUUUAUCAUUCGUCGCAACAGACGGAAAAGAAAGUCUCGAGCGAACCUGUUCAGCAUCGAUACCGAGUUCGACGUCAAUGGCAAGGACGACCAUGUUGGUUGGAGGGCCUACGAGUCUGCAUACGAGCACUCGCCAUACUUCCGAUCACCUGAAAUGAGCCAAGCACCGCUCCUCGCCACCCGCGCCCGGGAUAGCGACGGCUCCAUUGGGGGAGAUCUGGCUGCGUCCUCCACUGCAUCCUUGGAUCUGUCGCUGAGUCCUCUUUCGACCUACCAGUGGAGCUUGCAUGAAGGACGAUACCCUCCAAGCCUCCUGCAAAGUCCUCGCAGCUCCGUCAACGUCAUUCCAGCCGACAAGAGGUGGUCCCUUACCCCAUCCGUGUCCAUUACAGACUCGGAGACCAUUACUGCGUCCAGCUCCAGUACCCUCCAUCCUGUCAUUUCGCUGCCAGACGACGACACAGGUCCCAUCGACGCCGAUGAGAGCAUACUGCCUCCGCACUACAACCCCGAAUGGGAACGGGAAGCGAUUGCAGCUGGAUACGCGCCCUGCUCGAACGAUUGGAAAGAGGCCGAGAGUGAAUAUAUCCGUACCUAUAUGGCGCUGCACCCUCAGGACAGGCCUGAGUAG